GCCGGGCGUCGCUCGCUCUGAGUCCAAUCAGUAGGCAGCAGGUGUGAUAAUGAAGUUGAGCCACAGUCUGUGGAUCAGAUGAGACCAGACCAGGAUCUGGUCGCAGCUUAAACCUCCUGCUGCUCCUGUUUUGUUCUGACACCAUGUCAGUGUUUGUGUGGCUUCUUUGGACAUUGUUUCGUGGUACACUGGGGGGUCCGGUGAGGACAGCACAGGUAGGAGCCCCGCGUGCUUCUUUCUACCGCCUGCCGAUGUUCCAGCAUGCACCACGGCCACUUGUAGCUCGGGAGCUGUUCCGGCCGGUUCCUCACAAAGCCCCGCUGCCCGCCGGACUGGACGCGCUGCUGUUACCCGCCGAGAGACAACCGCAGAGCGGCCAGAGGACGGGGGCCCGCGGUGUGCAGGCCUGGUGUGGUAACGCCAAAAUCUCCGUGCGCGUGGACCGCCUCCAGCUGCGCGCGUGGACCGAUCCAUCCCGGAUGCGGCUGUCCUCGUGUGAAGUGAGCCGGAUCAGCCCCCGCUACCUGUACUUCCACCACGGACUGACUGAGUGCGGCGGACAGCCCAAGGUUGUUGGUGGUCAGCUGGUGUAUACAUUUUGGCUGCUUUAUUCUCCACCUCCACAAGGCGAUGUCAUCAGAGUUCUACCACUUCGCCUUCCCAUCCAUUGCCAUUACAACAGGUUUCAUUACUCUUACCAAGUUGGCUUCAGACCUCAAGUUGAGGAGAAAAGCUUGAUGAUGAGCAUCAGGAGUAAACUCAGCUACAGCCUUACUAUCUGCAAUGCCCAGUGGGAGCCUCUCCCUCCAGACCACUGGUUCUUAUUAGGGGAGCCAGUGUAUUUUGUGGCUCGGUCCAGUGUGCUGUUGUCUGGGGAGAGGCUUUAUGUGGACUCAUGCUAUGUAACAAACUCCAAAGACCCAAACAGCAGUCCCAAGUUGGAUAUCAUUUCAAACCAUGGCUGCAUGACAGACAGCAGGAGAAAGGGCAGCAGUUCCCAGUUCCUGUGGGCAGGGGGCAAUGUGCUGAAGUUCUCUGUGGAUACCUUUCUCUUCAGAGCAGUCCCACAAGUGCUGCACCUCCACUGUUCAUUGUCAAUCGGUCUCACCACUUCCCACAUCUCAAAGUCCUGCAACUACAACCAGGCUACUGGCAGGUGGGAGGAGCUGGUGGCCACAGCCUCCGUAUGCUCCUGCUGUGAAUCCAUGUGCACAGACACACAGGACUUCAUCAGGAACACAGUCAGCAGUCCAGGCUGGUUCAUUGGACAGAGGAGCGGAGGGAAACCAAGGAUGGCGUCUUCUUUUCAAGCAGAGGAGGCAAGAGAAUGGAUGGAUCAAGAAGAGAAGAGGGAAGAAAGAAUACAUGAGCAACAUAAACAAGUCCCAGCUUUAGCACAGGAGACACAGAUUGGCCCCAAGGAGGAAGAGAAAGAAGCCGUUCCUGAGAAGAAAGACUGGAGGCAAAGUGCUGCAGUUAGCCAGCAGGGGAAGAAGGAAAAGGAGGAGGUGGUUUGGGAAAAGGCAGAGAGCCCGCCAAAAGAACUGGCAACAGAUGUCCUCAUUAUGUCUGACCAGACUAGACCAGAGGGGGCCAAGGAGGAGGUCCCUAGUACCAAAGAUGUUUCUGUGAGUGGGUCCAGUGACAACGGUAGCAUGAGUGCCUCAAGAGAUGGUCCUGCUGCUCCCACCAGUUUUGGUAUUGAUAAUGAUAAUACAAGUGAUCAUGGUCCCACUGAAAAUAUUUCCACAGCUGUAAUUCCUGCCAUUAAACUUUGUCCUAAAAGUGAUCAGAUUAAUUGUAGUGGCACCACGUUUACAGCUACUCGUGCUGAGAGCUCUACCCCCAAUAAUGUUAGCUCGUCAUCUGGUACCAACAGGUCUGGUUCUCAGUGGGAUUCAGGAGACCAUGUAAGUCAGCUUGGUGUCAGUGGACUUGAGACAUCAAAUGGGACACAUUCAGCCACCCGGCACUUUGAAAUUGAUCCACUAACUUCUCCUGAUGUCAAGAAGUCAAAAGAGACCCGUAUGGAGUCAGAGGAGUUGGACACUCUUCAGAGGUCAGGACAAGUCCAGACUUUCAAUAAAUCGGUGGUCACAAAAUAUGAAGGGAAUCAAGGCCAAGCAGGUUCAGUUGAUUUCGCUGCCAGUAAAGGACCACAUGAACAAGAUGAUAUUCUUCACAGUCUACAGAUCAGAGGGUUCGAAUCGGUCGACUCUGCUGAUUCAGCAGAUGGGUUACUUGGUGAAUCUGAUUUUGAUUCUGGAGUCAAAGAAGGUGAAGCUCAUCGGAGUCAGUUUACUGGAGAAAUUAAGACAGAACAGCAGAAAGAAGAAUUUUCUGAUGCCAUCACAAUACCACAGAGUUUCAGCUCUGGUUCUGUUGGUUCAGAGAAAAUGCACCAAGACAGCCCAAUCCACUCUGCUGUGGUGAUCGUUACUAGCCCCCUGCACGGCUCUGAGAGCAGCCAGCUGUCUGACAGGGGCUGGGCUGAGCUGCUGCCAGGAUGGGGCCUGCAGAGUUUAGGGUUUGUGAUGGAGCAGCCCGCAGAGGAGUUGGGACAGAGGUCGAUGGAUGACUUCUAUUAAGAUAAGAAUAAUAGACUUGUUCUCGGGGGUGUUAACAAAGUAAUAAUUUGACAAGUUUGGUGUUGGAGGAAUAGAUUAUCCUGUGCAGCCUAAUCCAAUUCAUCAGCCCACCAAGUAAUUCUGUCCUUAAUUAAGCUUAUCAGAUUCAAUUUGUAAUGACUGGUCACUGCACAGUCAUUGAGCUGUUUCGAUGUAGAUGGCAGACAGAGAGCUCUACAGGAGGUAGAGGUGGGGUCAAGGAGCAGUUGAAGAGCAUCAGUGGGAAGAAAUGAGACACAUUAAAAAAAUUACAACCAUUUCUUUCAAAUGCUGGAACGUCCCUAGCUUUCUUGACCCUCAGAAAUAUUGGAACCUUUUGUGUAAAUCUCAGGGAGCAUGAAUGGCUGUAGAGCUCUGGUUCUCUUUAACUGCACACAUGCAACUAGAAACCAGAACAGACUUCCACGCAAACCUUGUCACGACUGGAACUGAACAAAUUGUUGCAGAACCUGUUGUUUAGCUGGCUGCAUUCAUGUAGACAUGUUGAUAAACAAUAAACUGAUUUGACCAUGCCUCUAA